CAACGGUUAUUUACCGAUGAAUCACAUCACGAGUAUCGCAAAGUUGAACUAGUUCUCCUUCCGCCGUUCUGCUAGUUCCUGCCUCUGGUCUCACCAGUCACAAGACGCGAAUUUUAUUCGCUAUAAAAACAAAAAUAAACCAACUUAAGCCCACUGAUAAGCGGACCAGUAAUCUUCAAUGAAAUCACUACUCCCAGAUAAACCACCAUCGACCACCUGCAAGUGCGUGCCCAGCGGAGCGGCCCUAAUUGCCCGACCCCUCACCUGUGCGUCGGCCGCCCACCCAAUUUGGUCGUCGGUCCGUUAAUGUUAUCAGUUCGAAAGAAGAGGCAGAAACAACAACGAGUGGGCGCGCACAAAAGGCCACCCAGUGCUCAAGGACGAGGCGUAGGCAGAGGUACACGGUGCUCGCAAGGCUAAAUUGGCGUAUAAAUAAAUGAAGGGCCCGUUUAAAGGCAAUGUUUAUUGACGCCUAACUACAAGUUCAAUCCGUUGUUGCAGUAGUUGCAGCAGAAGCGGAAGAGGCAAAAGCAGAAGCAGCAGUAACGACGUAACCGCGCAUCGUGCGCUGCAUGCUAAAAGCCUAUAUAUUUUCGGCCAUGCCACGCACGUCGAGCGGCUGACAGGAAAUCAUCGUGGGCAGCUACCUGGAAAAAACACACACUUAUUUAUCGUGAGCAAUAGUAACUCUAGUCAUUAGUUCAUAUGGAUGCUACUACCGCAAGUUCAAAGUUCAGCGAUGUGGACGAGUAUGGCUUCAAGCGUGGCGAGCACUUCGACUAUAGUAACUACUCGAAGUUCAUGGACGGCUAUCUGAAGACGUUGUCGCGACGUCGAAUGAAAUGGGAGGCUAUACUGCAGCAGAACACCGAUCUCACCCAGAUGGACCCGAAGCUGAAGCGGUACAUCCGAAAGGGCAUUCCCGGUCCGUACCGUCCCGACGUCUGGAUGAAAAUAUCCGGCGCCGCCGCUGCCCAGCGCCGCGAUCCGGACCUCUUUCGUAACCUGCUGAGCAACGGUCCCUUCGACAAGGAAAUCAGCGAUUCCAUAUCAAUCGAUCUACCUCGUACCUUCCCCGACAAUAUUCACUUCGAUACGAAGAAGCAGCGCCUGUACAAUAUCCUCAUCGCCUAUGCCCACCACAACCGGGACGUGGGCUACUGCCAGGGUCUCAACUAUAUAGCAGGAUUGCUGCUGAUCGUCACCGACGACGAGGAGAAGUCUUUUUGGCUGCUUAAGCACAUUGUGGAGAACAUUGUGCCCCAGUACCACUCACACAACAUGGCCAAUCUUUUGAGGGAUCUCGCCGUUUUUCGAGAGCUUGUUAUUCGACGGAUUCCAGCUGUGAAUCGGCAAGUGGAUAAUUUGGGCCUUCCCUAUCCGGUGAUCGCCAGCAAAUGGUUCAUCUGCAUCUUUGCCGAGGUGCUGCCUGUGGAGACGGUGUUACGCAUUUGGGACUGUGUUUUUUCUGAGGGGUACAAGAUCGUUUUCCGUGCUGCCCUGGCCAUGUUCGUAACACACAAGAACGCCAUUCUGGCCUGCGACGACAUUGCCGCCUUGGCCAACUUAUUCCGGGACACAAUGAUUCAGGACAGCAUUGUGACAAACUGUCACAGCUUUAUCGAGGCCAUGUUCAGUAUACGUUUAAAGCGAAGCGAGCUGGAGAGCCUGCGCAAAGUGGCAGUGCUCAAUCCGGCUUAAAAAGCCCAGAAGGAGGGGCUUUACGACCAACAGAUCAAACAACGGCAACAAAACCAAAAACAAAUUGGAGAAGCAAUCGAAAAAUUCAAUUAUUAGGAGAGUAGUUCAACCGUGUCACUGUAUUCAUGUUCAUGAUUGUGAGUGUGCAUUAUGUAAUCGUUUCUAUAUAGUACGCAUUUGUGUUAGCAGUAUAGCCAAAUUGUAGCCAAGGCCAAAACAUUUCGAGUAUUAGCCAACGAAAUCAAAUCGAGUUACCAAAGCAAAAUUUAAAGUGGAACAGAACCGAACAGAUUAUUUUAUCCGCAAAUGUAUGUACCAAUUAAGUAGAAGUUGUAGCCAAAUGUUUCUAGUUAAUAUCUUCCGCAUAUAGACCUUAUUAGGCAUGUACAUAUAUAUACAUGCAUAACCAUCGGCAGCGCAUUUAGCAAAUUUUUCACCCAGCAGCAAACUGUUUGUGUUCUAAGUUAUCUUGUUGAUCGAAGGAGUAUUUAUUUUCGAGUAUCUGUACUUUGAUAGGGAGCUAUGUAAAUGUCUACGUCUAGAUAAAACAUGUAUUUACUUUUAUAUAAAAAAUGCUUUUAAAGUUGUUACAUAGUUGACUAACUGUAAAACGUCUGUUAGCCGCAAUCGAUUUGUCUCGAAUCGGUUGCCCAAUACUCAAUACUAUUUACAAAAGAUUUAUCCUGAAAUAUGAUUUGAGGAAUUGAUUUGUAACUGCAUUAUCCCAUUGCAUUGUGGAUUUUGUGCUUGAUGAGCCGACAUGCUUUUCAAAUAAAAUACUAUUGCUAACUGUUAGUAACUGUAGAAAUAUAUAUACAGCCUUAAACUAAA